UGAUUAGCUAACGUUAGCUGGCUAAUAGCUGCCGUCGUUAGCGGGGAACUCAACUGUCUGCUCUUGAUUUAAGCCUCACACUGCAGUCAUGUCACUGUGGGGGAAACGUGCUUUGUUCCACGCGUCGUUUGGAACUCGGUGAUGAUUUGUCAGGUUUAUUUUUGCUGCAAAGAUCUGCCUUUCGGCUGCUAGUGUCCGCUGUUUGAGCUGCUCUGAGAGUAAAUCGGUCCUGAACUCAGCUGGCCAGCCUUCCAACUUUUGACCAUGAAAGCGACCGAGCUAAAGGCUGGGUGUCCCCUGCUGAAGCACACCGCAGACAUGUUCUCAAGACAAGUGCCCUCAAAUAAUUUUUAGCCACAAGGUCGUUAGCUUCAAAGACGAACGAGUUAAUAUGUUAUUUUCUUAGCAGGGCAGUGAUGGCGGCGUCAGACUGCUACAUCGUGCACGAGAUCUACAACGGCGAGAACGCCCAGGACCAGUUCGAGUAUGAGCUGGAGCAGGCGCUGGAGGCCCAGUACAAGUACAUCGUCAUCGAGCCCACGCGGAUCGGGGACGAGACGGCCCGCUGGAUCACGGUGGGGAACUGCCUGCACAAGACGGCCGUGUUGUCAGGCGCCGCGUGRCUCCUGACACCGCUGUCGCUGCCCGCCGAGUACUCGCGCUACAUGGCGCUGCCCGCCGGCGCCUUCAGCGUGGCCUGCGCCGCGCUCUACGGGAUUUCGUGGCAGUUUGAUCCCUGCUGCAAGUACCAAGUGGAAUACGACAGCCAGAAACUGUCACGGCUGCCCCUGCACACACUGACCUCCUCGACGCCCGUGGUUUUGGUACGCAGGGACGACGUCCACAGAAAGAGACUCCAUAACAUGAUAGCACUGGCUGCCCUGGUGUAUUGCGCCAAAAAGAUCUACGAACUCUAUGUAUGAGUGCACUCUGAAAAAAAAAUGUAAAAACCAUCAGAAAAAACAAAAAAAKCAGAACAUACCCACCCCGGAUGUAAGAAAAAUGGAAGUCACUAUCAGGCCCAGUGGUUAGCUCCACUUGAGGUGGCUGCUUCCACUUUGAACUUUGAUCAGAGGGAUAUAGUUAAAACUAGAAGGGACCCCCACCCCCCAUACAUUUCCUUUACUUCUAUGUGACAACAACAGCACACCUAUCGCCGUAGUACUUUUGCGCCAGCUCCCCUGCCCUCCUUAUCUUCUUCACACAGCAAAGCUAGUGCAAAAAGGACGACGGCAGCAGUUCCUUCUGGACUCAAAUGUUUUGAAGUAGACAUGUUUCGUGUAUCUUGCGCUCUCCUCUUUCCCCCAUAGUUUAACUGUACCCCUUUUUUGCUGAUCAGUACACGUUUCAUUAAAUAUUAGGAUAUUUCAAACGUACUUUUCUGUAUUUUUUACUUUUGUUUUUCGUCAUGUCCGGAGAGGAGUGACUAGAUCCAAGUUAAAUCAGGUUGUCUUGUUCAAGUAGGCUGUCUGGCAUUAAUGAAUCCAAUUAAGUUCAUGGACGACACAGCUCCCGUGGUUUCCUCUCAUCUUGUAUAUUACAUUAACAUCAAGACAAAGCCAAUGUAGAGACUUUAAUGCUGCAGAUAAUACGCAUCAAAUAUCUAUAUCGUUUGUUUCUGCCAUGGUGUUCCUCUCUGGAGGUAGCGGUGCUCCUAACAGGACGAGGAAAACUGUAAAAAUGAAGUUGUAGUAUAACAGGAGACUUACGACAACUGGAUAAUAAACUGUAAUCCAGAUAUAUAAACUGCUUCACUGUUCUGUAGACACCAAUGAAAAACUGAUCUAAUUGUCCGUUGCGGGCAGAUUGAGGAUUGGUGGCGUUCAUGUCGAACAGUUUCAGAUUAGACGUCUGUGAUCACAUGAACGUUUUGCUUCUGAAACUUUUUUUUUUGACAAAGAAACAUUCUUUUCCCUGAGUACAAAAGGCUUACAGAACAGCUGUAAAUGUUCAACUCUUAACACUGUUAACUUUAAAUUUACAAUCUYGUGCUUUUAUCUUCCUCCUGUGGUGCUUAGGUGGAACACAGUUUUCUAAUAAUAAAUGUACAGUGUGUAUAUAAAAGGACCUGAGAAGAGUUGAUUCUCAAACUUAGCUUUUCUAUUUUCCACACAACCACCAACUGUGAGCUCAGCUUUGAGUGUUGGCUGGUGGAUGGGCACAACCACAGGCAUGCAGCGUUUUGCAGAGCUUGCAUUUCCUCACUUGAAAAUUUAAAUAAAAUCUUUCAAAUGUUCAA